AUGCGGCGACAGUUAGGUAUCUAUACAACCGCUGAUACAUCGCAUGAAGAUACAACUGAAGUUUCGACGAUGGGUACACUUUCAACAAUCAUUGCAUCAAGUAUAACUGAUCCAAUUAGUCGUACACAUCAUUCACUUGAUAGUACGUCACCAGAUUUUCGGAGCGGUACUUCCCCUAUGCAUCAGUCAACAAAUACUGCACACAGUAUUCAGUCGUCCGACCUAAGUACGAGUGCAUCAACUAUUACAACAUCAACCACUACUCUUAUGCCAUCAACUAUUACACCAUCAACCACUACCCUUAUGCCAUCAACAUCAACUAUUACAACAUCAACCACUACUCUUAUGCCAUCAACUAUUACAACAUCAACCACUACUCUUAUGCCAUCAACUAUUACACCAUCAACCACUACUCUUAUGCCAUCAACCACUACCCUUAUGCCAUCAACAUCAACCACUACUCUUAUGCCAUCAACAUCAACUAUUACAACAUCAACCACUACUCUUAUGCCAUCAACUAUUACAACAUCAACCACUACUCUUAUGCCAUCAACCACUACCCUUAUGCCAUCAACAUCAACCACUACUCUUAUGCCAUCAACAUCACUAAAUGUUUGUCCUGAUGGUAUAAAUCCUUCCACUUCUAAUUGUACUCUUAUCGAUAAUGCUAAAAAUGCAAGUUAUAACGAAAUUAUAAGUUAUGAUUCUAAUAGUAAUACAAGUAUGGAUACAAUGUCAUUAGUUGAAGCUAUUGAUGACUAUUUAUUUAUUGCUUCAAAAAAUGCUUCAUCAAAUACAAUUCUACAUCCUACGAUAUUAGACAAUGUAUUUAAUUCAAUAAAUAUAAGUAUUAACAUUAGUUCAUCUCAAUCGUAUUUAAUGUCAGUUAAUCCUAACAAUGAGAAAAUUAUUGGUGCUUAUUUUAAUAGUAUAACGUACGGUUCUCCAUUAAAUCAAUCGACAAAUUUUGCUAGUAUCAUCAGUAGUUCAGUAGUAGCAGCAACAAUAGAUGACACAUAUUUGAAUUCAAUUUCUUUAUUAAAAAUGCUCAUAAUCUAUACUCCAAAUGAUUAUUUAAAAAUAAAUGAUAGUGGAAAGAAAAAUUUAGCCUCUUCCAUAAUUAUUGCUGAUCUGACAUCUAAUAAUAAAAACCUAUCGUCUGGCAUUCCAAUAACGUUAUAUUUUACGAUAAGAUAUCCACAAAACAUAACUAGUAAUUCACUCUUCUAUUGUUCAUAUUGGGAAGUGACAAAUAAUAGUUGGAGUCAAGAUGGUUGUAAUUAUAUAGGAUAUAAUCAAACAUUGGCUACACAUGUUUGCUGGUGUAAUCAUAUGACUACAUUCGCUUUAUUAUGGUUACCAUCGUCUGAUACAGAUAAUGUUCAAUGGACAGUACGAGAUUAUAUUUCAAUGGCAUUUCAAGCAUUGUCUAUUCUAUGUUUUCUAGGACUUAUAAUUCAUUGUAUAGUAACAUGUUCAUGUUUUCGAAAUAAUAUUAUGGAUUUUCAACCCAACGAUUUAUUACCACUAAUAUCGAGUGGUAGUACAAUGAUUUUAUUCAUAUUUUAUCUUGCAUUAGGUAUAACUGUUCAUCAACGUCAAGAUAUUAGUCUAAGUGAAACAAAAUGUUUUUCAACUGCAAGUGUUCUCAUGUUUUUAGUCUAUUUUUGGUUAUUAUUUAUGUUUUGUUGUAAAACAUCCAUUGGAUAUUUUAAUUAUUAUUAUUUUGUUCAUCUAUUUCUACUGCCAACAUUAAAACCUUUGUGUAUUUUAUUAUUAACAUCUUUUAUUAUUUCCAUUGCUGGUGUUAGUUUUGCUGCUGGUUUCAAUUCAAAUUCAAAUUAUAACAUUAGUAUGUUGUAUCCAAGAAAAAUUUGUUGGUUCACUAAAGGUGUGUUAUAUUAUUACUUGACAGUACCCGUUAGUGUAUUUUGUGUUUUAAAUUUGAUAACAAUUGUUCUCGUUGCUAAACAUCUCAUAGCAUAUGCCAGACGAGCGAAUACACCACGUCAAACCUAUGAACGUCGAAAACGAGUAAUACUAAUUUUAUUAUCAUCUUGUGUAACACAGAGUAUAGGCUGGUUAUUUGGACCAUUUCUAGCAGACAUAUCGGAACCAGCUGGAAGUGUGUUCGCAUGGAUUUUUGUGAUCUGUAAUGCACUCGAGGGUUUAUGGUCUGUAUUAUUGUACAUUCUUAUCAGGCAACAACGAGCAGCUGACGCAAAACGACUUUUUCAUAUUGUACGAGAUACUGAACUAGACAAGUCAACAGUAUUAUUACGACCACAGCGAAACGCGAUAAGAGAAAGAAAUUUUAUGGACUUAGCAUCUCAUACAGAUGUAAUAUAUCCAAUACAAGAAAUUGAUUGUACUGAUGGUCCAGCAAUCUCGGUCUACAAACAUGACUAG